AGAGAGAGAGAGAGAGAGAGAGAGAAUGGAAAGAAUGAAAAAGAAAAAAUAAAGAUACAAAGAGAAUCAUUUACAAUAUAUACCAUUAAACAGUUAUACACAUAUACGAACACACAUAUAUUUAAGUUUUGACCACCAUCGGUGAGAGAUACCGAAUUACUAUGAAAACAAGUGUACACAUUAGGGUCGUGUAAUUAGCAGGGGCGGAUACGUAGCAAGAGGUAGAAUUUGGUGAGAGAACAAAUGAGUCACGGUCAUCAUCGUUCGUCGCCGUUCGUCACCGUUCGCGUGUCGUCGUCAUCGUCGUAGGUCGAGAGAGUACCCGUUAGCGACGGUAGAGGGGGCAAAGUGGAUAGUCUCAGGUCCGGCGCAAGAAAGUUCCCGAUUCAAACAUUGCAACGAGGAAAAGAAAUAAAAAGAAAAAAAAAAAAAAAAAUGAAAAAAAAAACAAGAAAGAAAGAAAAUGAAAAAAAAAACAAGAAAGAAAGAAAAUAGAAAGAAAAAUAUUCGAUCAAAUUAUUCGCGAAAUUCCACGUUCUAUUUGACGAAUAAAUUAAUUGGAUAUAUUCAAAUUCUCACUUAUUAUUCCGUGUAUCGUAUAAACGAAUAUCUUUUCCUUGUACUUCUCGAGGAAAGAAUACGAAAGUAAUGAUUAAUUUUAAUUCGAUGAGACAAUCAUUGUACGUACAAUAUAUAUAUAUAUAUAUCUCUUUUUUAAUUGCGUAAUAAAUGAAUUCUCUUUUCCCACUGCGAUACCUUAUAAAUGUUUAAACAAUAUAAAUUUCCGGAAAAUAAGGAAAACGAGAUUUCUCUUGGAGGAGAAUCAACGAUUGUUCGUUCAAUAAUAAAAACAUUGAAAUACUAGAGGAAAAAGAUUUCUCGGUUUUUUCCUAACAAAAAAAAUUCCGAUUUUUCUCGAUCUCUCUCUCUCUCUCUCUCUCUCUCUCUUUUUCUCUCUGUUUAUACGAUGAUCGAAGAAGAAAAGGAAAACGAAACGAAUUACAUACGUCUCUUUUAAUAAAUUAGAAGAAACGUCGUUGCGACGCUGACGUAAGAAAUACUAAAAUUUCUUCAUAAGUGUAAUUCUAUCUCUUCGUUCUUAUCCUGUAAGCAAAAAAAAACAGAGAAGAAAAUGAAAGACAGAGAGAGAGAGAGAGAGAGAGAGAGAGAGAAGCAUCGGGUUCGUUAAGAACACGUGACAGCCCUAGAAGAGAUAGGCGCGUGCUCGAUGCAUUCCUGAAACUGACAGUAAGAGUGAAGGAGACAGACAAAGUGUGUGUGAGAGAGAGAGAGAGAGAGAAAGAGAGAGAGAGAGAGAGAGAGAGACAGUGGAAAAAGCUUACAUGCCAAAUAAUUCCCUUAAUUCGUUCGCGUUCCAAGUAUCAUGAAAUUGGUUGGACGUCAUGAAGGAUUAGUCAUCGUCUAUUUAAUCGACGUAAAUGAAACAUUGACUUGUCGAAAUCAUUGAAAAUUUUGACGACGAAACGUAUUCUCGACUUUAUUUGGUUAAUUUAUUUCGGGCGUUCGAUCGAGCAACAACAGACAGAGAUAGAUAGAGAGACUAAAUGAGUGAGUGAAGAAGUAGGAGUCGAUGGGUGAGAGAGGGAGUGAGUGAGAAGGAUUGUUAGUAGGGACGAAAGAGAGAGAGAGAGAAUAUUCGUGGGAAAGCGCCCAAUCGUGGUGGAGGGAGCACGGCGCUUCGAAAGGCAACGAGAAGCCGCCAUCUUAAAAGGAGCACGUUGCUCGUAACGAAUCGACCGAAGUGCUAACGAGCGAGCCAGCACGAAUCGUGUCUGUCCGAGGUUGCCUCAGUCUAGCGUCGCGAAUUGACGGUGUUUGACGGUUUCGGGAAGAAUAUAAAAAGUUAGAUAGUGUGCGAUUACUUAGUCGGUGUUUAUAUAUUUAACAAAUUAGUUACAUAUUUAAUUUAAUCGACUAUUUCUUUCUUCGAGUGUGAUUUGUGUUGUGUGUGUGUGUGUGUGUGCGCGUGCGUGCGUGUAUGUGUAUGUGUGCGUAUAUAUAUAUAUGGGCGAGUGUGUACGCGCGCGCUCGUGAGUAUAUCGGAUAUAAUAUAAAAUAAUCGUCAUUGGAUCAACGACAGUUAAUAAAAUUUAUAUUAUAUCGUUCGAUCGUAAGAAUAUCGAGAAGAUUUAGCCCGAUGCGGUCGUCUCUUAAAAGAGAAUUAAAACGAGAGACAUUAAAGUGAGCUCCCAGAAGUGGGAGACUUUUUCUUUUCCGUUUCUUAAUUUGCGCGAUCUUGAGAAUAAAAAGAGAUACGACGAAGUCGUUAGAAACGUAAUAAAGACAAAGACAAAGACGAAAACGAAGACGAAAACGAAAACGACGACGACGACAACAACGACAACGACGACGGCGAAAACGACAACGACGACGACGACGAGGAGGAGGAAAAGAAAAACGCGAAAAUCUGCCAAUUUCAACGAAAGUAUAUACGAGGAAGGUUACGAUCGAGUUUCGAGUUUUGAUUUCACUAUGAGCAAAAUGCUAGGAACAAACUUUUGCACGGUGUUCUCUGUACUUAGAAGUCCCGAAGAGGGUGAAUCAUUAAAGCGGAUCGUUUGAAAGAAUAUUAAGAGAUAUAUUUUAAAAAAGGUAAAGGGGGUGAGAGAAGAACAAAAAAAAAUAUAUAUAUAUAUAUACACGUAAGUAUACACUUUAUAUAUUUAUAUAGUGUGUACUCUUAAUACAUAUAUAUAUAUAUAUACAUACAUAUACAUAUAUGCAUAUAGUGGGGUUGUGUCGUUCACACUAUUCGACAUUUGCCCGAGGGAAGAAAUAAUAAUAAUAAUAAUAAUAAUAAUAAAUAUUAUUAUUAUAAUAAUAACCAUAAAUAAAAAAAAAGACGAAUCACGUCAAACGAAGUUUGUUUGCGAACUGUCCAAGUGCACCGCGUUCGACAUAAAACGAAAGCAACAAAAUUCGUUUGGUCGUGACGUAAUCCUUUCUAUAUAUAGACUCCCUUGUGUGAAUUCAUAGACUUUUGUGAACGUAAAUUUUCGAGGCCAAACGUCGUCCGUUCGCGAACGUAUGUGAUAUUAUAUCGGUGUAAUAUUAUCAAUUGAUCGAUAAUUAAUCAUUUAUAAUUUCCAAGAAAAGAGGAAGAAAUAAACAGAAUACAUUUUGAAUGAUCGCGUAGUUGUGUGUGUAUGUGUGGUGAUAUAACAAAGAAAAAGAAGAAGAAAAAAAAAGAAGUAAAUAAAAAAGAAGAAAUCAAGUGAUAAAAAAAGAAAAGACGAGAGAGAUAGAGAAACAGAGUAAUAGUGAGAAGAGGGAGUUAGAGAAAGAACAAAACAUAUACCCGACCGAUAUAAACGAAAAAUUCGGUCUCCCUCGAUAUUUAAUUAUUAAACGUUAAUUAUUAUCCUAGGUCGAUAAGGCAGGUAUCUGCUACGAAAAAAUCUGCCGAUCGAGACAUCCCCGACGGCAUCAAAGAUAUCCUUAUAACCCGUAAUGUAUUUGAGAUCGCACAAGGGCGCAGUAAAAGGGUGGUACGAGCAAAAAAGAGAGGAGGCGGUAGGAGGUGGGGGCGGUUUGGCGACGAGUCGAAAGAAUAACAACAUCAAGAAGAGCAAGAGUAAGACCGAGAGAAAGAGCAACAGCAACGACGCCAUCGUCGUCGUCGUCGUCGUCGUCGUCGCCAUCGUCGUUGGUGGAUCGAUCAAAGACAGGAGGAGACGACUUGAUACCUCGGAUCAAAACGAUCUUUUUCACGGUAACUCAUUCCGUUUUACGGAUCUCGAGUUAGCUAGGAUUCUCCUGUUAAGGUCAAGGUCACUUCGUGAAAAAAUUAUUACAAGUAGCAACAGGGAGAAGAUUUCUUCGAGGCUGGUGUGCCUUGAGCGCGGUAUGAGCGAGGGUGAACGCUCGGUAACGACGCCGCGAAUCGGCUGGCGAAAGCUCACCGAUCCCGGAGACUGACACGAAUCAAGGAAUCCGCCGGCAGAUCCGAAGCGAUAGCAUCGGCUACGGCUUGCUCCUCGGCUUCCAUAUUCUCCUGCCGCUCUAUCUGCCAAAAGUUCUGAUGAUAGUACGAAACCCUUAGUAAUUCCUAAGAUCAAUGUCAUACAAAUGGUAGAAAACGGUCCACCUAGAAGAGCCUCGAGAACCUCCAAGAGAGAUCCCAAAAUGGCGGGUAAUCGGUGUCGGUAGCAGACGGGGGUAUUAUUUAGCCCACGAAUAAAAGAAGAACAAAAGAGGAAAAAAAAAACAAGGUUCACCGACCUUUGACGUACUCCUAUACUCGUCACCGAGAGCCCAUCAUCAUCGUCUCGCAAUCUUCCUCUUGGAAUAGAUUUUUCGUCGAUUAUUCUCUCGAGUGUCCUUGGUUCUUCUCGUUAUAGAUGAACUUACUUUCAGAGAAAGAACCUGACCACUGAUAAAGAGAAUCGAGAGAGAGAGAGAGGGAAAGAAAGAGAGAGAGAGAGAGAGAGAGAAAGAGAGAGAGAGAGAGACAAAGAGAAAAAGAAAAACGAAAAAGAAAGGCGAGGAGAUCGCGAAUCGAAUCGUACCACCAAUUUUUCCUUCUCUAUAAUCCAGCCUCCCCUUAACCCCCCCCCCCCCUCCCCUACCCCUUCAAUGGACAAUAAUAAUCCAUAAGAAAUAAAUUUUAGUGAUAAUAUGUAGUAGUGGUAGAAGUAAAUCGGGAAGAAGGACAAGAAUAUAAAUAGACGAAGAGGAGAAGUUCCUCUCGUGAAGAAGCCGCAAAGAAAUCUUUGCAAAAAUCACGAUUGCCUACUCGUCGUCUAAAUAUCCUGGGAAGAGAGAGAGAGAGAGAGAGAGAGAGAGAGAGAGAGAGAGAGAGAGAAAAAGAGAGAGAUAGAUAAAGAAAUAAUAGAAAAUUAAGAAAAAGUUUUAUUUUGUUGUCCUACGUGAUCGAUUGAUCUAUCAAUUGAUCGAUUAUCGUCUCAUAAUAUCGAUUAUCAUCAUUAUAAUCAUCGUCGUCAUCAUCAUGCCGCCGACGCCAAGCAAGUUGAAUCUUAGCUUCGCCAGAAACGCUUAUAGCGUUUUUGGAACUCGUGCUACUGGUACGACGACGGAACAACAACGCGAACAAAAAACGGAACUUCUGGAGGGUAAGAAUGUCAUUGCCGGAAUGAAUAAAAUGAUUUCCGGUACGAGAGGCAAUGGCCUCCUUCAUCUGAAAAAUGGUGUGGAUUACAUUAACCCGGGCGAAGAAGAUCAGAUGGAAAUUUAUGGUUAUAAAAGAAAUCAUGUUUUCACUGUGAUUACCUGGUUCUUCAUCUUCGUUACCGGUGGUCUCUUGCGAUUGGUUUUCCAUUGGGUACCACACCUUAUGUUGCUAGCUACUCAUUCCAAAUGUCCAUUGGAUGAAGCUGAAACGGUUCUUUUGGUCGAAAAGUUUCAAGGAAAGCAUACUAGUUAUUACGUGAAAAAAUUGAGAACAUUAGCAGCUCGCGAUGUUACUAACAUACCGUUUGAUGGAGAAUCGUUGAUUGAUAAUGAGCCAUGGAUGGAUAAUGGGAGCAUGAUAACUAUAAAGGAAGAGAAGGAAGCAAUUUCAACAUUGUCUGUGCACUUGGUUGGCGGACAUUUUAAACAGGUUCAAUCGAUCGUCGUUUUUAAUUGCAAGAAGUUGACAUACGUAUGGGAUACGGAAAGAUCUGAAUUUUUAAAGUUACGUGGACUUGACAUUGGUGUAUUAAACUCGUCUCUACACCAAAUGCAAGGUUUGAGUGCUCAAGAACAAUAUAUGAGGCGAAAUGUUUAUGGAAACAAUGAAAUAGUAAUUCCAGUAAAAAGCAUAAUAACGUUAUUGUGUCUCGAAGUACUCAAUCCGUUUUACGUCUUCCAACUAUUCAGUUUCUGCUUAUGGGUAGCGGAUGAUUAUUAUUAUUAUGCGAUGGUUAUUCUGAGCAUGUCCAGUGCUGGUAUCAUGAUGGCGGUACUCCAGACUCGUCGAAAUCAAGAUAAUCUACGAUCUUCUGUACACGCGGUUUCGUCCGAAUUGGCAACCGUUAUGAGAGAUCGUUCUACUGGACAAACUGCAAGUAUACCGGCAGAACGUUUAGUUCCUGGAGAUGUCUUAGUUAUUCCACCUCACGGUUGUACUAUGACUUGCGACGCUGUGCUUUUAACGGGAAAUUGUAUUCUAAAUGAGUCCAUGUUAACCGGAGAAUCCGUUCCAGUCACGAAAACGCCCAUACCUUCUUCCAAUGAAAUCGUAUACGAUACGAAAGAACACGCAAGGCAUACCCUCUAUUGUGGUACAAAGAUUAUUCAAACGAGAUAUUUCGGAUCGGAAAAGGUACUUGCAGUUGUCAUCAGGACAGGCUUUAGCACUAGCAAAGGAGGACUGGUACGAUCGAUCAUGUAUCCACCACCUGUUGAUUUCAAAUUCGAACAAGAUUCUUAUAAAUUCGUCAUAUUAUUAGCCGGAAUAGCCAGCAUCGGUGUAAUCUAUACCGUAGUGUCGAAAGUUAUGCGGGGUGUUCAAAUAAGUCACAUAGCUUUGGAAGCUUUGGAUCUAAUAACUAUCGUGGUGCCACCUGCUCUACCAGCGGCUAUGACAGUUGGUCGACUUGUUGCUCAAAGAAGAUUAGAAAAGAACAAAAUAUAUUGUACAAGUCCAAGGACGAUAAAUGUUUCUGGUUCGAUCGAUUGCAUUUGUUUCGACAAAACUGGAACUUUAACCGAGGAUGGUCUUGAUAUGUGGGGUGUGGUACCAGCUUCAGAUAAAAAAUUUCAAUUUCCUGUAAAGGAAAUAAUGAAUUUACCAUUAAGCGAUUUACUAAUAGGAAUGGUCACGUGUCAUGGAAUCACUAUAAUUGAUAAUCAAUUGGUAGGUGAUCCACUUGAUUUAAAAAUGUUCGAAUCUACUGGUUGGACUCUGGAAGAACCUGACGUUUCGGAUACUUCCAAAUUCUCUAUGCUCUUUCCCACGAUAGUUCGGCCUCCUAAGGGUUCCAAACUUUUAAAGAAAGGAACGAACGAGGUAUCGAUCGAUAUGAGUCGACAAAAUUCUAUGACUUCCGAUAUGGUCGAUAGCAUCUCUUUAAGCAACUUAGAUCCUGCUUUAACUGGUUCAACAGCCGAUUUAGGUGAACAGGGUAUAGAAAUCGGUAUCGUUCGGCAAUUUCCUUUCACGUCUAGUCUUCAAAGGAUGAGCGUAAUCACCAGAACAUUGGGAGCUAAUCACUAUGAUCUUUAUUGCAAAGGAAGCCCUGAAAUGAUCCUCAGUUUGUCCAAACCAGAAUCCAUUCCGCUCGAUUUUGCGAACGUCCUUCAAGAAUACACAUCAGAAGGUUAUCGCGUAAUAGCCAUGGCACAUAAAUCCUUAUACCGUCUUCCUUAUGCCAAAGUACAACGGAUGAGUCGUGAAUCUGCCGAAAUUGACUUAACUUUCUUGGCAUUCGUGAUAAUGGAAAAUCGUUUGAAGCCGGAAACUACACCUGUAAUCGCAGCUUUGAAUACUGCUUGCCUCAAAACUGUCAUGGUUACAGGAGAUAACAUGCUGACAGCAUUGUCUGUGGCCAGAGAUUGUGAUAUAGUUAAACCAGGAACACCUGUUAUCGUAGUGGCAGCGAUCACCCAACAGAAUCAAAUUAAACCACAAAUCUAUUUCACUAAAAGUAAUAGCCAAGUAUCGCCGGUAUCACCUGUUGGUCAAGGUGAUUUUAGUGAAAUGACGGAUCUCAAUAGUGUAGUCAGUUUGGAAACUGUGGAAAGUGGAUCCUUUGGAAAUAAUGUUUUAGAAAACGAUGUCAAUUAUUUAUCGGAUAAUAUGCAACGAACGCGAAACAAUUACGUUUUUGCUCUGACUGGCAAAACGUGGGCAUUGGUGAAACAAUAUUAUCCCGAACUUAUUCCCAAAUUGGCUACAAGAGGUGCCGUUUUUGCUAGAAUGUCACCGGAUCAGAAGCAACACCUCGUUCAAGAAUUACAGGCACUUGGAUAUUAUGUCGCUAUGGUGGGCGAUGGUGCUAAUGAUUGCGGAGCGUUGAAAGCAGCUCAUACAGGAAUUUCUUUGUCAGACACCGAAUCUUCCGUAGCUUCGCCAUUCACCAGUCGUGAAACAAAUAUUUCAUCACUUCUUACGGUAAUUCGCGAAGGUCGUGCCGCACUGGUAACAUCAUUUGGAAACUUCAAAUACAUGGCUGCGUAUUCGUUGACACAAUUUAUCUCUGUGAUGCUACUUUAUAGCAUCGAAUCAAAUUUGACUGAUAUUGAAUUUCUUUAUAUCGAUCUCUUCAUUAUUUCGAUAUUCGCUUUCUUCUUUAGCCGAACGGAAGCGUACGACGGUCCAUUAGUGAAAACAGCACCUUUGAAUAGUCUUAUUAGUACGACGCCGGUUCUUAGUUUAUUCACACAAAUUUUAAUCGUAGGAAUCUUUCAAUAUGCAAGUUUUUGGCAUCUCCAACAAAUGGAUUGGUACGUACCCUUCAAUACAACGUUUCGAUCGGUCGAAGAUAAGGACAAUGUUGGAUGUUUAGAAAAUUACACCAUAUUCAUUAUCAGUUCAAUGCAGUACAUCAUUCUAGCCGUAGCUUUCUCGAAAGGUCGGCCUUAUAGAAAAUCAAUCUUCACGAAUUACGGUCUUUUGAGUUCUUUCGUUUUAUUAAGUCUCAUUUCUAUCUAUCUUGCUCUCUACCCUUUCAAAUGGCUUGCCAACUGGUUCGAACUCGUACUUCCCGAUGACAUAAAGUUCCGUUUUGUUCUGGUAGCUUACGGUAUUGCCAAUUUCUUAAUCUCUUUGUUGGUGGAAUACUUCUUUGUCGAUUAUUUGGUAUUCAGUAAAUUACGUUAUCGCUGGCACAAUAUUGACAAGUCUAGACGAAAAUUCUUAGCGAUCGAUCGUGAUCUAGCAAGAGAUUUAAAAUGGCCACCAAUAUCUCAAGAACCAUUACCGGAAGCAGCACCAGACAUUCUUAUUCGUCAGAACGUCACCGAAAUUAAAAUCGAAAAACGAGUACCCGAACCUUGCCGACCAGUCGACACAAGCUUCAUGAACAGUCCAAUCUGUAAUAAUAUCAAACAAUUCGGAUCUGCUCGAGAAGUGACCUUAAAUCCUAGAUCUCUCUUCAACGAUCGUAGGAAUACCGUGUCGAUGCAAACGGUACCAUGUUUUGAAGGAAAGGAAUCAAUGAAACAAUCUAAAAUAGAAUUGAUGACUAAGAGAAGACACAAUUCUGAAUCAGAAAAUGGUAUUAAUCAAUAUGACAAAUCUUUUAGAAUUCACAACACGAAUCCGAUUGCAACAUUACCACGAAAUCCUACGACGACAUUGCAACCGCAAAGAUUAAGAGACUUCAAGGAAAUUCUUGUUCACAAGAGCGAGGAUGGUUUAGCACCCAGUACACAAAGCGUCCUCGAACUCGACAUAUUACCGUCCUGAGAAUCGGCUCUUUUGAAUGAUCGAUUAUUGAUCGCUGACACGAAUCAGGAAGAUUUUCUGUCUGGAUCAGUCGAUAAACACUGUCAUAUAUUAUGGAAAUAUUUUAACGCCGAUGAAAUUGAAUUACUUUUAUUCGUGGUACCUAGUGAAUUAUCAAUCCUUCGAGGAUCUCAAGUUAGUUGACGAACUUUUAUCAUUAAAAAAAUGUUAAAAAGGGUUCCGCUAUGUUUCCUUCUAUCGUAGUUCUUUUUUUUUUUUUUUGUAUUUUUUUGUUUUGUUUGUUCUUUUUUUUUUUCUCUCUUUUUAAGAAGUACGGAUUCUCGUUCUAAGUAUUAUCAAUUAAAGGACGGAAGAACGGUGCUUUCUUGUUUCGCCCAAUCAGCAGAAUGUACUUCUAUGACCUUAUGUGAGAAACUUAAUUAACGUUUUUUUCGUGUGUUCAAAAACUCAAUGAUUAUAAUUAGUAUCCAUAUAUAUAUAUAUAUGUAUGGUAUCGUACUUUAUGCAAAACUUUAUUGCAUGGUUUUAGUUACUUAAUCCGAUUCUAAUAGAAUACGAACUUUUAGUCUUGAUAAUAUUAUCGAUUUGUAAUUUCUUUUUUUUUUUUUUUUUUUUUUUUUUUUUGUCAAAGCGCAGCCUAAUUUGUUAAUAAAAAAUCGAAAGAUAUCGAUCGAUGGUAGAACGAUCUCUUAGUAUUCUUCAAGAGUAUGUAGAGUGUGUUUUUCUACACUGUGUGUGGUUAUAGUAAGAUUUUAAAGAAUAAAAGCAUUUACAUAGGAACAAUACGGUGUUCACGACAGCUUAUAAACGACGAUAAAUCAUUUUUUUAAAGAUUUUUUUCUUUUCUCUCUCUUUUUUUUUUUUUAUUUUUAUUUUUGUUUUGUUUUUUUGUUUUUGUUUUGCUUGAGUGAAGAAAAAAAAAAAAGAACGAGACUCACGAUAUCGAGUGAUAAGGGUCCCUUUUGACCCGACCUCUCUCUCUCUUCGUUCUCCUCUUCCUAACUACUAGUAUUGAAACUUAGCCCUCUCAAGAGAAAGUAUUAUAUCGUUAUUUAUUUUAAAGAAAAAUAAACAUUUUUGCUCGUCCACGAAGCUCGAUCAAAUAAAUGGCCGGGUUUUUCUUAACGAAAAGCCAAUUUAAGUCUUCGUUUUGUUUCGUACGUGAAAAUCGUCAGUGUUCUUUGUGAUUAGGAUGUUGAGUUUAUUUUUAAUUUGAAGAAAAAGAAAGAAGAGGAAAGAAAAGAAACGUUAAAAAAUUUUCUUGAAUUCUACAAAUAAUUCGAGAUACUUAAUAGCGUUUUAAUAUCUUCUCUUUUCUUAUUGCGAAUUUCGGGAUGAGUCUUCGAUGUAUAAUCUUAUUAGAAAUGAAUUGAUUUCGCAUGUAAUUAUUAGCUAGAUUUGAAUUUGGGAUCGAGACCAGUUAUCGAUUUCUCGUGAUAUAAAUAAUAUAUAUUAAAUAUAUAUAUAUAUUAAAUAUAUAUAUAUAUAUAUAUAUACACAUAUAUACAUAUUUAUACUUUCCCGAUAGCUUUGCAUUUAUUUGAAGAUUCAACAAUUCGAUCUAUCCAGUCAUAUUUUUUGUUAACUUAAAAUCGAUAAUAAUUAAUUCGAAAAGUUGAACAAUUUCACGAGUUUUUUUAUAACUGGUAUCGUUUAUCCUUAAUGUAUUAUAAUAGGUGAUAAUGAUAAAACACGAAGAACCUCGUGCAUAGAAGAAAAAAAAAGAAAAAAAAAAUAAAUAAAUAAAAGAAAAAGAAAAACAACAAUGAUGGAAUUGACCGACAAGCAAAUAGCGAAUCGCUCGUUGUCGCAAUGCACUUAACAUUAACGCGGUCAAGAUAAUAAAUGUGUACUUAUUCUAAUGCAAACGAGAUAUAGAAAUACUUAAAAACGCGUUGAUUUAUUUGCGACGCUAUUAUAGCUUGUGUUGAAAAAAUAGUGAAUGUCAAAAUAAGGAACGAUAUGUUUUUAACGUACAAAAAGAUUUAUGCGUGUUUUAUUCGUAAUCUUCGUACCUCUCUCUUGCUUCCUUUCCAACUACAUCCCACCCCCAAUCUUGAAAUUAUGGGAUUAAUAAUCAAAUUAUAAAAUUAAUCUUUGCGUAAGAUAUUUAAUUGAUUGGAUAUCAAAAAAUAAUAAAAAUAAAAAGGAAUAUAUAUAUAUAUAUA